CCCUCUAACCGUAUAAUUUUAAUCCAACGGUUAAUACGCAGAGAGUUUUGAAGGCCACCGCUAUAUGUUUGAUUAGGGUUUCGUUUAUUUCCUCCUGCAACUUCAAUCGGCUGCUUAGCUCGUUCCAGAGCCCCUCGAAACGCAGCAAUGGCAUCGGAGAAAAAGCUUUCCAACCCGAUGCGGGAGAUCAAAGUGCAGAAGCUGGUGCUGAACAUCUCGGUGGGGGAGAGUGGAGAUCGUCUUACGAGAGCUUCGAAGGUGCUUGAGCAAUUGAGCGGACAAACCCCUGUGUUCUCUAAAGCAAGGUACACUGUUCGAUCAUUUGGAAUCCGUCGCAAUGAAAAGAUUGCUUGCUAUGUCACUGUUAGAGGUGAAAAGGCAAUGCAACUCCUUGAGAGUGGUCUGAAGGUUAAGGAGUAUGAGCUUUUGAGGAGGAACUUCAGUGACACUGGAUGCUUUGGAUUUGGCAUUCAGGAACACAUUGAUCUUGGAAUUAAGUAUGAUCCAUCAACUGGCAUAUAUGGAAUGGACUUCUAUGUGGUGCUGGAGCGGCCUGGUUAUCGGGUGAGCCGUCGACGUCGCUGCAAGUCCCGUGUCGGCGUUCAGCACCGAGUUACAAAAGAUGAUGCUAUGAAAUGGUUUCAAGUAAAAUAUGAGGGUGUCAUUCUCAACAAGUCUCAAGCCAUCACUAAUGCUUGAUAUUGUUAGUUGUGUUCUCAUUGAUAAAUUAUUUUCUGUGAAGAGACUAUUAACUUUCCCCUUGAUUUCCUGCCUGUUAGUUUUCUUUGACAAUUUGUUCUCAAUUUUGCUGUUAGUUCCAUUUGACAAUUUGUUCUCAAUUUUGUGCAAACUUGGAAUAGGUUUUGUUAUAAAAUUGUGGCGAAAUUUUGGGUUUUGCUU